CGGCCGGAACCGCCAUCUUCCAGUAAUUUGCCAAAAUGACCAACACAAAGGGAAAGAGGAGAGGUACCCGUUACAUGUUCGCUAGGUCUUUUAGAAAACAUGGAGUUGUUCCUUUGGCCACAUACAUGCAAAUCUACAAGAAAGGUGAUAUUGUGGACAUCAAGGGAAUGGGCACUGUUCAAAAGGGAAUGCCCCACAAAUGUUACCAUGGCAAAACUGGAAGAGUCUACAAUGUUACCCAGCAUGCUGUUGGCAUUGUUGUAAACAAACAAGUUAAGGGCAAGAUUCUUGCCAAGAGAAUUAAUGUACGCAUUGAGCAUAUUAAACAUUCAAAGAGCCGAGAUAGCUUCCUGAAGCGUGUAAAGGAAAAUGAUCAGAAAAAGAAGGAAGCCAAAGAGAAAGGUACUUGGGUUCAACUGAAGCAUCAGCCUGCUCCACCCAGAGAAGCACAUUUCAUGAGAACCAAUGAAAAGGAGCCCGAACUACUGGAACCCAUUCCCUAUGAAUUCAUGGCAUAUAAAUAUAAAGAAAAUAAAAGACCUCAAGACUGUAAAAAAAUGGCAAGCCCCAAAGUGCUCAGAAAGUGGAUUCUCCAACCACCUCAGUUUCUUCCUGCCGUGGCCAGCUCUCACAGGACUGUGUUUGCUCGCCCUCUAGUGGCAGACACCCGCACUCACAUUUGCCUGAAUUGCUCCAACCACUCUUCUUUCUUGCGACAGUGUACCCAGAAGGUCAAAAGUAACCCUCCUCUGGGCUUUGCGGUAGACUUCCAGCUGCCCCAAGUGCCUAGCCUAGUAGAUGCCCUGGAGGUUUCGAGUGUUCAGGAAGCCAUCCUUUAUCUCUAA